CAACCAUGCUUCCUUUUUAAAAAUAUAGGACUAAUGGUGCACUUUGGAAAGUUUGGGGGAAAGCGCGCACUUUAUAAAAAGUAUAGGGACUAAUGGUGCACUUUUGAAAGUACGGGGUGAAACAUGCACUUUAUGAAAAGUUUGGAGGAUUUGGCUCCAAUCUCCAAGUCCCUCCGCGCCUACGCCCUCAUCUGGAUCCACCCCAACCGGAAGCGCACCACCACCGUCGACCACCACGGCCACACUAGCCCCACCUGGAACAGCAAUUUCUCCUUCAAAGUUGACCGCGAGUUCCUCGAAUCCGACCAGUCCGCCGUCUCCGUCGAGAUCUACACCGUUUCGUGGUUCCGGGACGUCCUCGUCGGGACUGUCGCCGUGAACCUCAAAAAUCUAUUCUCUACGCCGCCAGCGUAUGGGAAGAGAUCUGUGGCUCUCCAGAUCCGCCGCCCCUCGGGGUCUCCUCAGGGAAUGCUCAACAUCGAAGUCGCUCUACUCGAUGGCGCGUCAUUCCGAGGCAUGCCGCUAGCUGACGUCACAUCCACGUCAUCGAAUUACAGGAAAGAUCUAGAAUUCGAUCGAAGGAACGUUCUAGAACACGAGAUCGGGGAAGACGACGACGACGAGAGACAGAGGAUCGGCGCGAAGGUUCUUCAAUGGCGUCGAUCCAUGAGCGCGGACAUGUCAGAUCUGAACUGCGAAGACUUUCCUGAGAACUCGGGAUCCAUUUGCAACGGAUCGACGGUGAACGGCGGCUCGGAAGUGUGCUCCGACGUAGGGCCGUCGGCUUCCAUCGUGGCGGCGGAGAUAGCCAGGGAUCGACAGCGGUUGGGGGAGACGAGAGAAAGGGGAGUCGGAGACAGCAUGGUGCUGGCGGCGGAAGAAGCAGGCGGGAGAGGAUUGAGGACGAAGAUGGAGAGAUGGAGGAGGGAGACGACGGCGGAGGAAAGGGAUGCGGUUGACACGAUGAUUGCGAGAAGCGGUCACCGGCGGCGGAAUUCCGAUAGCGGUGUGUAUUCGUGCUUCGUGUACGGAUUUCAAUUUACCAUUGUUUGCG